CUGGCUGGGUGGAUGCGGGUAUUGGUGUUGUCGCCAUUGUCGUUCUAUGCGCGCUGCUCGCUGGGUUGCUCGUGGAGCUCGAUGGGCCGUUUGGUUGUGUUAGUGCAAAUAAGCGAGGCGAGGCGAGCGAGCAGCCGAGCAAAAGAUGUUCCAAAGUCUGUGCAGCCGAGACUUUUAGUAAUAGCUCGACCUAGCUAGCUAGCUGAUGGACAGUAUUGGCUGCUCGCAGUAGUUCGCGAUACGCGUUUCGUCGUUACGGUUCAUCUUCAGGAAAGGUGAAGUUUGGAGAUCUUUGAAGAAGGAAAUUUGUAUUUGGCAUUGCGAUUUUCUCAUUUGGGAUAGAUUUGGAACAUUGAAGGUGAUCGAAGUGCAUUCGAUUUCAGACGAGAAUCGUUCUGCUGGAAUCUAGUGAGGUGAAGGGUUAAGGACAUCUCGACUGAUUGUCCUAGGAAUCUGUGUAUGGGCAGUUCAUAGAUGGAUAUUGAGCUUUUGAUCUAACUGGAGAGCUCUCCGAGUGGGUGGUGGGAGAAUCCUAGGGUGCUGAAGUGCUUAGUGCUCGGUGAGGAACCGUCCAGCUUCACGCAGGGGCUCGGAUCUGGCAGCAGACUGGAGAAAAUCAAUCAUACAGUGCACACCUGGGCACAUACUAGGUGUCUGGAAGUGACAUUUUUGCUCGACAUUCGCAUAGUAUAGGCUCUCCGAGAGCUACAUAUGUGUGUGCAGCAGUGCGAAUAGUCAAGGUGCUGCUCCCCUUGGAAAGUUGCAAUCCGCGAGUUGGAAGAAGAAAACCCCACAACAUCAGUGCUCUAUUGCUGGCCGUCUAUUUCCCCCAAGGGAUCCGGAUUUUUAUCAGUGAGACCAACAUCCAGCAUCAAUAGCCAAUAGCUCGUUGCUCCCGCCGAAUCAGAGACCAGUUUUGACCAUCUCGUGUGAAUGGAGUUAUAUGUAUACAAAUAUUUAGACAUAAAAUAAGCACAAAUAUGCAAAAGUGAAGAGUUAUUUUUUCUCGUCGCACUAGCUCCGAUAUCUCGAGCUACAUAUACACACGGCUCGGACUCGGUUGACUACGGCUGAGUACGUCACACAUCCGACGACGACAAGCAGCUCAAGGAGCAUUGAAAAAGAAGUCCCACGGACGGACGGGUGCUGCUUCUGCUGGCUGUGAGUGCGAGAGACCUUUUUCUGGCCGUCAUACUCUCGUGCUCCGUUCAUCUCCGCAAUCGUUGAUCAACCAACUCUGGCGAGCUGCUGUGCUGGGUUUGUUUUGUGUGUAUUCUGCGCUGAUAGCCAGACUAUAUCGUACGAGAGUUUACCGAGUGUACACACAGGUACGUGAGUGCGUGCGGAGCUGUGAAAUUCCGGUGCGUUUCAUAAGACCUCGUAGAUUCUUAGACGGAUCCUAGGAUCACCAUCCAUCAUAAGUACACAACAGCAACACCAGCAGCAGCCUGUGAAGAGCCGUCGAUCGGGCGCGAAACUUUCAUGUGACACAAUUCCAGGCCCCAGUGGUGCUUCCGCCCUCAUCCUUCCAACAAUUUUACAGAGCCGAAGUCCUUGCCCGCCCACAGCGCCGCUCUGUACCUACCUACUGUUCAUGGGCGUGCUCGGUCUUGUGUGUUUGUGUGUCGUUGUUCAAGUAGCCCCCCGUCGAUGUGCGGUGCAACAAUGCAAAGUGUCAACCAAAUAUGAGAAAAUAAAUUAAAAUUUUUAAUCGAUGUUUUCCUCGCUUUUUACCAUCCCACCGCGUUGCUGUCAUUGUCGUCGCCGUAGUUGUUUAUUGUCGGUUGGAAAAAUGAAAUAAAUGUAUUAAUAACGAAGAGCAGUUGAAAAAAAAAGAAGUAGUUGAAGAAUAGCCACACAUUUGGCGCGUAAAUAAAUGUUUGUUCGAGUGGGCUUUUUGUGUCCGAGCCGGGUCCAACAGGGAGGGUCCGGGACCAGAGCUCCAUGCUGAAGGUCCUGGUCGGUGGGUGCUGGCGUCCAGUCAGUGGAAGACAAAAGCUGAGAGCCGAUGUCCGCGAGUUGUGAAUAAAAUGUGUCAUCAGGAAUAAAUUCCACUCGGAUUGUUUGUUGUCACCACGGGGGAAAAUACAGGAAAAAAGUGGAGCUCCCAGUACCCCGAGCCUGCUAGUCGAUUUGGUGCGAAAAUAUUGAGUGUUGCUCGGCUCGAGUGCGACGCGUGUUUUUCGAGUGUUCUACAAGUGUAACGAAAAUAAUAUAAGUGCUGGUCGUCAAAUUUCCCGCGCAAGGUGUCGACAGUUUCGAAUUAAUGUCGUGUGGGUGUGUUUUCAUGCUGAACCGAUCCCACUAGGCAGGGGUCCUGAGGCGGCCCUAUUCCCAGGUUCUGUGCGUAGAGAAUAGAAAUCGCGAAAGGUUUUCGAUCGGUGUAAGAGGAAAAGAAAAGCUUCCAAAGUGGCCGCGUCUAAGAGAUCUCGGGGCGCCUCGUCGGAAGGUCGCCUGAACACCGCAACGACGACCACGACGACAACCGAUACCGGGACUGGGACCAGCUUGACCAACUCCCGCCAGGGCUCCGUCGAUGGAGUGAUGCAACGAUGCGGUCUCUGCUCGAUCAUCUCAAGCCUGCUGCGGCGAGCCAUGUGCGUUGGAUCGCGUCGUGGUAGCGGCGAGUCCUACUACCAGGAACUGGCGGAAACUAAUGUAUGUCGGAUGAAGCCAAUUGGUACCUUCACUACCAUCCCAGACGUUGCCACAAUGGAAACCACGGACAGCUCCAGCUACAAACGACUGAUAUCAACAACAUCCAAUACGAUACCGACGAUUGCGCUAACGACGACGACGACAACGGCCACGGUGACGACAGUGCCCUACCAGCCGACGGCCCGGCGGAUGUCGGACCAGGAUCGGCCCCUGUUCGAGGCUCUGAUAUCGGAUGAUUACUCGGAGAACCCCCGGCGGCGGCACGCUUGCACCGGCCGGUUUCUGACGAUGCAUAAACGGCGCAGAAAGAAGCUCCACACGCGAAGCCUCGCGCUCGAACCAGCUAUUCUAGAUGACAUCCUGCACGGCCAGGUGCAAUGUAUCCUGGACCGCGUCGGCCACUGGCGCUUCAAUGCUUUCACCCUGGAAACGGUAACUGGUGGACGUUCACUGCCUGUCUUAUGUGUUCAUCUGUUCCAUUGGUACGGCCUUUUGGACCACUUCAACCUAGACGUAGUUAGAUUAUGGAAAUUGUUUAGUUUAAUCGAGGAAGGUUAUCAUAGUACGAACCCGUAUCACAAUUCAAUUCACGCGACUGACGUAACACAAGCAAUGCACUGUUUCUUGCAAGAGAAGCGCAUCCUGGAACAUCUGAGCCCGCUGGAGAUCAUGGCGUCGUUGAUCGGUGCCGUUACGCAUGACUUGGACCACCCGGGCGUGAAUCAACCGUUCUUGAUAGCGACCUCCAACCACCUGGCGGCGCUCUACGAGAACACCUCGGUGCUAGAAAACCAUCACUGGCGAUCGGCCGUUGGGUGUCUGCUGGAGAGCGGCGUCGCCGAACAGAUACAGGGUAUUCGACCGGAACUGGAAAAGCAGAUCAGCUCUCUAAUCCUGGCGACGGACAUCACCAGGCAGCAGGAAUUCAUCAGCAAAUUCCGCGACUAUCUCGCGCAUGAUAGUUUGGAUAUGCGCGACAAGGAACACCGACACUUUAUCUUGCAAAUCUCGCUCAAAUGUGCGGACAUCUGCAAUCCCUGCCGGCCAUGGGAUAUUAGUAAAAAGUGGAGUUUGAAGGUGUGCGAAGAGUUCUUCCGCCAGGGAGACUACGAACGACAGCUCAAUCUACCGGUCACUUCGCUCUGUGAUCGACAUUCGACGUCGGUGCCCAAGAUCCAGACCGGCUUCUUCAAAUUUGUCGUUACGCCCCUGAUGGACGAGUGGCACCGAUUCCUGAAGACUGACCUUUCCCAUAAUAUGAUGUACCAUCUGAAAUACAACCAAAUACAGUGGGAAAGCAAACUACAGGCGGAGAUGAACGAGGAAACUCGAACCGAGAUAUCCGACGCCGAGCUGCUGGACGAAGAUGUGGACGAUAACGAUGACCAAGAUGAACCACUUCAUGACCUGUCGGACAGUUCGGAAAUUCUGAUUCCGAGUGCUGCCAAGUUCGGUCGACGCAGUUCUUUGCAAAUCUCCGGCUUCUGUGGUGCUCGCAGCGAACGACGGUUCUCCGUUCCAAUACAUAGUAUACCGAAGAUUGUGCUUCCAGCACGAGACCACCGAGAAACUAAUCUCCCACCGGAAUCGAUCCAGGAAAGCGACGAACACAAGUUCGACAACGAUUCGCUCUCGAUCUUCUCGUCGGAUAGCGACAGCCUCCAUCGGGGAGCACGUGGUUCCUCCACCGGUAGCACCGCGGACCGAGAACGUCCACUCAGUGCAGAGAAUCUUCUUCCAGACUGCAGUAUUGCAUCGAUGACCGCUGGAAUUUGCGGCGAUCGACUGAAUCUUGUGCUUCACGGAGCCGUUAGCGUAGGAAAUAACGCGAAUCUUCUCACCGUUGGAACUUCCAAGCAUCUUAUCAGACAGCAAACCUUCCCACCGUUGCAGCCGUACGUACGCACUCGUUACAUGUCUUCGCAGGCGGAACUCGGUGCCUGUCCGGAAGCCCUUCUCGAAUCCAACAGCAGCAGUAGCUCUUCCAACUCCCACCCGGAACCGAACAGUGAAUCUCGUGGCAUCCUGAUGACCAAAAAGGAAAGCAUCAAGCGGGAAACGGACUCGUCCACUUCCACCGAAAAGGCCAAAAUCCCGAAGCUCUCUCUCGGCCAGAAGGAGAAUCUCGACCCAUCCAUGCUGAAGCGAAGUCUCAGCCGGCGGAGAGGCUCCGCUCCGGUCACCGUAGCUUUACCCCCGAAACCCGUAGAAUCUGACCUGGGCGUGUCGUUCGUCAUCAACACGUGCGAUCUGCGGCGGGGCUCCAUGCCCGCCGAAUUCAUCACUUCCAUGCACACAAAAGACCAAUCAAACGGUGCCCAGCCGGAGGUGACGGCCACCGUACUCCCCAAUAACAUCGGUCCGGCGUACAACAUACAGCGGCGCGGAUCGGUACCGUGUGAUAGCUCAAACAGCGUUGUGAUUCGGAACAGCUUUAACAACAAACGGCGCAGUGCGAAGAAGGUCCUAAGGCGGCGGUCGUCCGGUGGAGCGGAGAUCUUGAGCCCGAUCCUAUCCGAGGAUGCUACCUCGGGCUCGGGCAACGGCAACGGAGGAGGAGGCGGCGCUGCUGGCAGUUCGACUUCGUCUUCGACGGCAUGGCAGCGGUUCAAGCGGCGGGCCGAUGCCGAGAAUUUACUGUCCCGGCGGCGUGGAUCGCUGCCGGUGGAAGUUCUCACCAUUGGAUAUUCAGGUUAGUGGAUAGCAUAAUAUAUUACCUAAUGGUGAUACCUACUUCUUUUGUUUUUGGUUCGACGCUCUCACUGAACCUAGUCUUCACUCUUUGACCUAGCAUUCGUACUUAACGAGGAGGAAGGGGUUUUCAUGAGAACCUUUUAGGGCAUAUAUUUGUGCCUAAUCCUAGUAUAGGAGGAAUUUAAAAUAGAAUUUUCGGUAGGAACUAUUCUGUAGUGUUUUAAUGAAUGUGUUCGCUCUGUCUGUAAUCUUAAC